AUUAAAACUAUAUACUGAUCAUUUCUUUGUCAGCAGGUAAACGCACAAAAUCAUCAGGGGAUCAAAUAUUUUUUUCCCUCCCUAUAGCUAUCUUCUGAAGCUGAGCUGCACUUCCUUUGCCUCCUCCCCCAUUAAAACUAGUUUUCUUUAAAAGAGUGAGGUAGUGCGUAAUAACAUGAAGCCAGUCUGAUAUAUGGUUAAUGCAUCAGGCAAAACCGGGAGACUGUGAGUUCUAGUCCCACUUUCGGCAUGAAGCUAGUUGGGUGACCUGGGACCAGUCACUUUUUCUCUAGGAAAGAGGCAAGGGAAACCACUUCCAAAAUCUUGACAGGAAAAUUGCAGGGACUUGUGAGGUAUUUUCCAGGAGUCAAGACUGACUUGAAGGCACACAUACACAGACACAAACAGCAUAGACGUCACAGCAGUGUGUGAUAAAUUUAGCUGUGCAUUCUUUUCCUUAAUUUCUGGCAAACAAGGCUUUUACAGGAGCAGGUAAUCACCAUUUGUGACCAUUUUUCUUCUGGCCUUCAGACAAGUCUUUCUGCCAAAGGAUAGAUCAGAAUCUAACUUGCAGGAGAACAAAUUGGAGCAGUCCCUGUUAAUAGCUGUUACCCUCUCAAGAGAAUGAGAUGUUUCAAAGAAGAAACACUUGGCUUCCAGUGAAGCCAAAUACUUCCUCCUUGGAAGGACUGCCAGUGCUCCAGCUGGAGGGAUUUAUUCUCUUUUUGGCUGUUGUUUGCUUCUUUCUGGGAAGAAGUGUUGCAUUCCUCCUCCCCCAGAUUCUUUUUUUUCAAUCAAGGUCCUGUUGUGUUAAUGUAAAAAAAAAAAGGCCAGAUUGAAGAGAAAUGAUGGUAGUACUCUGUGUGUGUGUUUUUACAUAGGGUGUGUUACUAAUUUUGGAGUUGCAGCUUGUAUUCAGAACACCCGCAGCCUGCCCUUCCUCCAACAGAGAUGUUUGUUUCUAACUGGCUUUAUAUUAGGGAUCCUCAACCCCCAUCCGUGGACCAGUACCGGGCCACGGCAUGCCAGCAACCGGUCCGCAGAAACAAGCAAAACCCCAUCCGCGGGAUGCAGGCAGCACACAAAGCCAUGUACCCUCCGGUCUGCGGAAAAACCUCUCCACGGAACCAGUCCCUGGUGCCCAAAAGGUACCUGAUAAAUCCCAUCAGUAGGCCUGGAGUCAGAAACCAUCAGCUAAUACAAAUCUCUCUUCUGCUCUUUGGCUCUCCAUGCGAGCCAGAGACAAAUGGAUGCCAUCGCAAGUGCCGGCCUCAAGAGGAAAUUUGAUGAUGUGGACGUGGGCUCGCCCAUUUCCAAUUCCGAUGAUGAGCUCUCCAACAGCGAUAGCGCAGACAGCUGUGACAGCGUCAAUCCUCCAAGCUCCUCAGGCUUCAUUCCAACCUCCAUCUUAAAAAGGCAGAAACAGCUGCGUAGAAAGAAUGUGCGCUUCGAUCAGGUGACGGUGUACUACUUCGCAAGGCGUCAGGGAUUUACCAGCGUUCCUAGCCAAGGGGGCAGUUCCCUGGGCAUGGCCCAGCGGCACAACUCUGUCCGCAGGUAUACCCUGGGUGAAUUUGCCCAAGAGCAGGAAGUGAAUCACCGUGAGAUCCUUCGAGAACACCUGAAAGAGGAGAAGCUUCAUGCCAAGAAAAUGAAGCUGACCAAGAACGGAACGGUGGAGUCAGAAGAGGCUGAUGGUUUGACCCUUGAGGACGUCUCAGAUGAUGACCUCGAUGUAGAGAACGUGGAGGUGGAUGACUACUUCUUCUUACAGCCACUGCCUACCAAGCGGCGGCGAGCUCUACUUCGAGCCUCUGGUGUCCAUCGCAUCGAUGCAGAAGAAAAACAAGAACUUCGGGCCAUCCGCCUCUCACGUGAAGAAUGUGGGUGCGACUGCCGGCUGUACUGUGACCCUGAGGCCUGUGCCUGUAGCCAGGCUGGAAUUAAAUGCCAGGUGGACCGAAUGUCCUUCCCAUGCGGCUGUUCCAGAGAUGGUUGUGGGAAUAUGGCUGGGAGAAUUGAAUUCAAUCCCAUCCGGGUGAGGACUCACUACCUGCACACCAUUAUGAAACUAGAGCUAGAGAAUAAACGGCAGGUGAGCCGGGCCGCCCAGACUCUGGAUGAAGAGACCCCUCAUAGCUCCGGCAGUGACUGGCUGGGAAGCCAGUCGCCAGAGACCCAGGAUUUCCAGGAGUUCAUGGCGGAGAAUGAAACGGCAGUCAUGCAUCUUCAGACAGCUGAGGAGCUGGAGCGGCUGAAGGCUGAGGAAGACUCUAGCAGUGGCUCCAGCAUGGAAAGCCUGGGGGUGUGCAUUUUGGAGGAGCCGCUUUCUGUCUCCGAAGGGAUGUGCCCAAGCCUCGCCACGCCAAUCCUCAUUCAAGCUCAGCUGCCACCAGGUUCCUCUGUUCUGUGUUUCACGGACAGUUCUGAGCAAGCCAGCUCGGCUGAGGGCAGCCGACCCUACUUGAACAAUGGGCCCGUUGUAUACUAUCAGGUUGACCAAAGGUCAGUGCUGGGGGUGAAGGGGGAAAAUAGAGCCGAGGAGCCCGAGGGGACCCCUCGUUACACAGAGGAGAAGGAGCUAAGCAUCUACUCUGUCCCUGUGACUUCACUGGUGUCUUGUGGCAGAGCCACAGCCACCAGCAGUGUAGAAACAGGGAAGGCUGCUGUACCUUUUGAGCCCCCGUCUUCUGAAAGCUGUCAGCCUGAAGUUCCUCUGCCAAGCUUGCCACUCCACACAGAGGUGCCACAAGACAGUUUGCGGCCCCAGAACCUGGUGCCGCAAUCUCCAGAGAGGGCCUGUGAGCUCUCCUCUUCUGAGGAAAGCUCUUUGGGCCCUCCUCUGACCGUGUGACAAUUCCCAACCCAUCGUCUUGAUGUUUAUUUAUUGACAAAACGGUUUUUAUCAAAUGGCCACAGCCAUUGGGAAUGGUUUGAUAUUGGGUGGGGGAGGGAAAGGAGAAGGGGCUGCUUUGUGUGGGCUCCACCAUAUAAGGGCCUAAAACUGAGCACUUAAACGGCUGCCUCAGAGUAGGAGGGCCUGUCCACCCAGUAGGGCAGCCUCCUGGUUCUGAAGAGGUUGGACCCAUAGGCGAUGGAACUUUGUAGGGGAGGCCUAGACUCCCUCCUACAAGGACCAAACGUGAAUGUGUCUCAUGGAAGCAAUAGAGCAAAGCUGCCUUUUCUAAAGUGCUGGAUGGGUUGGAGGGCAGGCAGAAGAGAACACGCUGUUACUACUUCAUGACGUCAACCAGUCUCUAUGCGUGGUGGAAUCUCUCCCUCCAGUUGCUGAUCCCAAGUGAAGCUGCUGCUGCCACCGCCACCGCCGCCCAUCCCUGUCUGUCACUUUCAGUGCUGUGUCUUGGUAACGGUGACCUUACUUGCUUGAACUGCUCUAACCAGUUACACAGCUUAAGCUCUGCAGCCUCUUAUUUAUGUGACAUUUGCUGCCCUUCGUUCCCUGGAAGGAUCCCAUGUAUUUUUUAAAUUCACUAUGAAUUAACUUUGAUCAUGACUAGCUUACACCUACAGUUUGGCAUGCAACUGUCGUACAAAAUAAUUUUCAUCCCGGAGCCUCUGCCCCGCCCCCGCCAGUAGCUUCACCCAAACAUGUUCACGGGCCCUUUUUGCUGGCCUUGGCUGGGAACUGAUUUAAGUUUAAAUUAACUUUUUUAAAAAAAAAUGCUGAAUGUUUACGGACAUGAUGUGACUCAAGACGUGUCACUGACUCUCUGAUCCUGAGCUGCAAUCUGUCACCUCCGAUUGGAACCCUUUUGGGGAUCUGAUUCUGUAAACACUGAAUGCCCUAGGAUCAGGUGGGGUCCAAUAACUGCCAGUUUGGGUGGGCAGAGUCCUACAAAGUACUUAACCUUUUGCCUCAUAGUUUUACGAAUCAGUUUUCCCUUUUCACUGUCUCAGUCUUUUCCAUUCUAGUUGCACAAGAAUUUGGAGGUGAUGUUGAAAGCUUUCUGUCCCCUUGCGCCUUGCUUAGCAACCUAGCAUUCUGGAUGACUUGAAAGGGCACAGGAGUCUGUGUGCAGUAAAACUGCAGCCUGCUGGGUCACAAGCAUUAGGGUUCAGUAAAUGUGCAAUAAGGUGGCACCUGCAAUCCCCCUCCCAGUGAAGUGUGUCAAUUGUUCCAAUUGGUCUUGGAAUAAAGGGAGAAAGGACGCCGUUAUAAGCUGCCACUCGGCCCUAUGACCAAUCUAGGAUAACAAAAGCACUUUUCUCUUCCAGCUUACCCGGAGCAUCCUUUUCUUCUUCUACCUUCUAGUAAACAGCAGAUAAUCAUUGCCUUUCUCUGUCGUCACCUGUUCUGACCCAGCUCAUAUUACAGCCCUGUGGUGUAUCUCUUACGUGGGCUGGGGCUUAGCAAGAACUGGUUUCCCUGUAUUUAGGAAUCUUUUCUUUUUUCAGACUGCUCAAGACUUACAAUGACUUGCACAAAAGCUUCUGGGUAAUUCAGUUACCCAUAACUCCUUAUGCAUAAGAGGGUGGGAUUUAAGUAGCCUACCUACCUCCCAGCUGAGAAAUAAUACAGGCACCAUCAGAACUUAAAUAGGUGUUUGUGCUUUUCAGGCAUAUAACUAGAUCUAUAUAAAUGCUGGGCCACGUAAGUUUCUAGAUGCUGAAUCUGGAAAGAUUUAACAGGCUCGGGCUUCUUAUGUCCCUUAAUUGCAAAGCUGCUUGGGAGUAGGCAGAACAAGCCAAGUCUUACUAAAAUUCUUGGCUGUUAACGAUCAGUGAUGAGCAAUCAGUGCUGCCAGCGCAUCCAGAAAAGCCUAUUCUCCUGAAAGUGACUCCGUGUAAGAUAAAGUAAACACAAGCAAAUGCUGUGUAGGCGGCAGGAGAGAAAGACUGUUGACAUGUAACACCCUUUCAGCCCAUUCCAGGCUUCAGAACAGAUGCAAAGACUUCAGUACUAGACUCCUGUCUGAUUUUCACCUUAUCUCACCCAAGCUCUCUUUGUGCUGAUUAGCACAUAGUAUGCAGCCAGGGCUCCUGUACUUUGCCAGACUACUAAGUACUUAAUUGCUUUCUCAUCGCUACCUCUUUCAGGGGAUUGUUUAGAAGCAAUGCCAUGUUUAGUGGGCAAAUGUCUCCUUUGUACAUUUUAAAAUGUAAGAGGAUGAAUGUGCAGCCUUAAAAUGUCCUUUUGUCUUUAAAAAGUCACACACCUUGUUGCAUCUCUCUCUCUCUCUCUCUCACACACACACACACACACACAACCUACCUUCCUAUACACUGGUCUCAUUCCUGAGGGGGUAUUUAGGCUUUUAUUCCAUGCUGCUUUACCCCCAGACUAUUCCUGGAUUUGAGGGUCCAUUGGUGUCUUUCCUAAUUCUCACAUUUGUAGUUUACAAAACAAAUGGUGCUAUAAAAGGCUAGAUUUAUUUUCAAGGCAGCUGAUUCCAGAUGCAACUCUCACUGUAGCAAAUGUAGUGCUCUUCGCAUCUGAAUCAAACAGAAUAGAAAAAUUUCCUCCUACAUCGAAUACAUAGCUUUGUAGGUAUCUAGGUCAAAGAGAAGGCAUUUCUUAUAAAAUUCUCUAUUUGAAAGCACCUUGGGUAUUUAUAAUACUGACCCCAUAAUUGCUUUUUUACACAACUACAGUGACAUAGGUACCUGUAGGUUUGUUUCAGGACAAGAUGCACUUGUCUUUUCCCUAUAUUAUUCCUCCAUUGUUCCAGCUAUACUCUUUAUAGCCCUGAAUUAGGAACUAUUGUGUAGCAGAUCUGCUCUAAAGUAAGUGGCUAAAGCCAGAGGCUUUGCUGCAUUUAACUGCAUGGUGUUAUUCUGGGGAUUGGGCAUGAUGAGCUCUAGAAUCAAGUUUUUAAAUGGGGCUUACCUCAAUUCUUGUGGAUCUGGCAGUAAUAAGAAUCUCCUCCUGUUGAGUGCUUAAGCUGUUGCACCCCAUGGCCACCUGCCAAUACUGACAGAUGGUUUGGUGGAAUACAAUUUCUGAAAAUGGAAGCAGCUUCACACUUAAAUACCAGGAUUCCAUUUUUAUAGUGCAGAAACAUUUCUUGUGACUGACAUUCUGGAAUGCAAUGAUUAAUGUAAUGGCUUGGUAGAAACCAAGUACUAAAAUACUACAUUCUUACCCAGAGGUGGAGACAAUAGGGAAGAAAACAGAAACUCAGCAUAGCAUCUGAACUAUUAAAUGUUACACUGGCUUUCAUUUCCAUGAGAGUGCUUAGUUAUGACAGAAAAAGACAUUAAAUAGCUAUUUGUAGAAAAAUGGCUAGAAAAAAAAAGACACUCCUUCCUGAGCAUUAUGAAAAAAGAAAGGGCACUGAUCUCAAAUGACAGAAUUUUAUUUCUAAAUCCUGUAGUAGAGGCUGGGCUUCUUAGAAAGCUUUUGUUUUUAAAGAAUGUUCUUCAAUGCAAAAAGGCCUAUUUCUCUUGCCUGUCUCCCUUUUGUUAUUAGUAACAAAACUAUCUUUCUUACUCUGAUGUGGUGGUACAUUCACCUGUUUUCCCUUCCCUUCCCUUCUUUUGGUGCUACUGAACUGUUUACAGGACAGCCCUUUUACUACCUGGAGGAGACUUCUAUUAAUGAAGCCCUGGUCUGAUAUAAUUGGUAUUAGCCCUGUCCUCUUGUCACUUGCAACUGAUAAACUUCAUAACUCUGCUUUCCUGCAGGAAAUACACAGGUGGCAUUUUCAAUGUGAAUCCAAAGCUUGUCAGGUCCUUUACAUUUUGUUUUGCCUCUUAUGUUCUUUUCAUUGUGAUAAUGCUGUAUUUAAAGAGGAUAUUUAAGUGUAAAAACAAAUAAAUGCGUAAACUUA